AUGCGAGAUUGUAAAGGCAGAACCUUUCAGAAUAUGAGUCUGAAAAAGAACGCGUCCUUCUCUCCCUUUCUGAAAUUCGACAAUAAAAUAAAGAUAACAAAGGAUGAACUCAAAAAAUGGCAUAUUCAACCCGAGCUUAAUUCGAGCUCAGAAGAUGAUUCUGGUUUUGAUUUUACUUUCAAUGAUGAUUUAUUUGGAGAUUUUUAUGAAGGAAGGGACACAUACAUUGAAGAUAAUAGUUCUACCAGUAGAGUUGCUGGUGUUUAG